AUGCCUGCCGCGGUUACUCUUCGGGCGCUUGCCAAGCAGGUGAAAGCUUCCAUCUCUGCCGCAGAUCUGGCUGCUGGCACAUUUGCUAUCGGUGGAGAAAUUCCUAUCGAGCAGCCGAAGGGACAACCUAGCGCUUCAAGCACCAGCAAGAAGGCAAAGAAGAGCGAGGAGAAGAAGGUCUCGUCGGCUCCUGUUAUCCUUCGAUGGGACAACCCAGCGGACCACCCCGGACCACAUCGAGUUUCUUUCCCCCUCACGUCUGACGAGGACACUGCGGCGUUUGAGCAUCUUCUCAAAGCUUCUGAGAAGGCGACAUUCGGAUUGAACGGACGACAUGAGCUUGAUGAGACUUACCGCAAGGCCCAGAAGCUUGGUGCUAAUGAUUUCUGCACCACCUUCUGCCCGUACGAAACAGGUAUUAUUGAUGCUAUUUGCCAGGUCCUCCUCCCAAGCUUCGACACAGCCGAAACCAAGCGGUCACUUCGCGCUGAGCUGUACAACAUGAAUAUCUACUCUGGACCUUCGGGCAAGUUCAAAGCACACGUGGACACCCCCCGAUCCAGCUACCAGAUCGGCUCACUUGUUGUCUGCCUCCCUAUGAAGCACGAGGGUGGCGAGCUUGCUGUGAGACAUAACGAAAUAACCCAUUCAUUUGACUGGGCCGAAAACUCCGAAAAGCCUUCGAUUCAGUGGGCAUCAUUUUACAGCGAUUGUGAACAUGAGGUGUUUGAGGUCAAGUCUGGCCACAGAAUUACCCUCACAUACAACCUGUAUGCUACUGCUGGGAGCGGGGCCCUCGCUAGCCAAGCAUCUGCUUUCACCCCUACCAUGCUGCCGCUCUACCAUGAAAUGAAAGCAAUGGUGACUUCAACGAAGUUCCAGGCUAAAAGCAGACUUCUGGGAAUCUAUAGCACAUACGCUUAUCCCCAUACUGACAAGGAGCAUGGGCUUCCAUUCUGCCUCAAGGGUAUCGACAUGGUGCUCUACGAAAUUUUCAAGAACUUGGGACUGAAGGUCCACUUGUGUGCUGUUCUAGAAAACCCCAUGAGCAGCCGAUGGAGUCGCCGGCAACUGGACGAUGGGAAUUUUUCCGACGGUGCUGCCGAUGCUGACCCCACCAAGAAAACGAAUAAGUCAAAGAAGAGGUCGAAGAAGAGCGGUGAUUGGACAGAGACCGAUUCCGACGACGAAAAGGACGAAGAGUAUGACCCACAAAGAGUUGUCGGAGUCCUCAGUAAGCAGUACUGCGGACAGAUGAUAGAAUACGACAACGAAGCCAAGGAAAUGUUCGAGACAGCCCUUGAUACCAAGAAAAUCAGAUUCAACACGAACAACAUUAUCUGGUUGAACAAGAACAACGGCGACUCGAAGCUUCAGGUUUCCUACAUAGCCUACGGAAAUGAACCUUCCAAAGCGGAGAUAUACUCCUACUUUGCGAUGAUCGUCCAGGCCCCUAAGAAGGCAAAUGCUGGCGACAGCGAAGCAGCCCAGAAGCGGGCACGGGAGGAAUAA